UUUGGUCUUACCAUAAUUAUAAUAAUAUUAUUAGCUAAGGUCUUCCAAAUCCCAAACAGUUGCCGACAGCGAUGACGUAAGGAUAUGACGUCACGAAUGUUUUUGUAAAAGGCGUCGGUCAAGCUACGGUUUCACUCGUACACAGCUGGGAAAUGGAGGUAACCUGUAGCGACGUAUUCAGUCACCAGGAAGACGAAGAUGAGGAAGUUGAAGGCGCUAUAGAUCAGGAAUAUCACAAAGUGCGACGACAGCUCCGUAUUGUCGACGAUAAGAGACGGAACUAUGAAGAUCAAAUUAGCAAAUGCCUCAUAAAGCAAAAAAAUGAAAUCGAUCAGCUGCUAAAUGAAAGUAAAUUGCUGUCAAGAAAUCUGGAUGUUGUCUUUAGCAAACCGAACCAGCUCAAAGACCAUAUCAACAAAGAAAAGAUCACAUCGCUCAUAGAGAUAAUGAAUGAUAUUAACAAAGAGUCUGAAGUGGCAAGUAAAAAAAUCACCGACCUCGAUGACAAGAUAAAUCAAGUAGAAAAACUGAUCAGUAAAACAGAAAAGGAGAAUGGAGUAAAACCUGGUCAGGAAAUGACGGUAUUGCUGACAAAAAGAAUGCAAAUCCUAGAGAAAAAUUUGCAAGAGAAAAUGAUGCAGUUUAACACACAGCUGGCAAAUAACGUCCAGUUUCGUCAGGAGCUUGAUCACUAUCGCAUUGAGAAGAUCAAGUAUGAUGAGAAAUUCCGUCACCUGCAUGCCAGGCUGAAACACAUAGCAAAGGAGCACGCUCAGUACCUGAAGGAGGCAUCGGAUGCUUAUUCACUUAGAGAUGAUGUUGCCAACAAGCUGAAGUCGAUGGAAUCAAAAGACACGCACGGUAUCUUCGUGUCCAACCUCGAGAUGCAGGAGUUCAACAGGACCAUAGAUCAAACGUCGAAGCUACAGAAGUUCCUCCUCACCAAACUGAAUGACCGCACCGCGUACAAAGAGGAGGAAGAACGCAAGAAAGCUAAAGCAAAGUCGAGCGGCGACGAUGAAACUGAUACCUCUCAGAUGAGCAAGUACAACACCGUAUUUGCCCAGCUUCAGGAGGUGACGGGGAUGCAUGACCUGAACAUAAUCACAAAGAACUUCGUUCAGCGGGAGCACGCGAACUUUGCCAUGUUCCAGUUUAUCAACGAGCUGUGUGACGAGGAGCUGCGCAUCAAGGACGAAUUGCGAAACGUCAAACGGGAGAUCAGGGAACUCCAGGAGCAGGACGUCCAGCUGGAAACCCAGCGCAACGAAUACAUCAGAGGACUCGAGGUAAAAGGCAAUGAUGCUGGGACAAUGGCCGAUGAAGUGGAAAAGAAACUCGCUGAAGUGAGUCAGUCAUUGCAGGAGGUGCUUGAUGGAAUUGACUUGCUUUUUCGCUGCCUAGAAUGUGAUGAUUCAUGCCUGACCAGCAUGCUAGGAUUUCACGAUGGCCUUACGGAGAAUACUGUAAUGCAGUACAUGGGCAUCAUGGAGCAAAAACUAAAUGAGUUACUCAACACAUAUCACCUCCUUACAAUGCUGAAGCGGGACCCUAUGAUGCUGAAAAACGAUUCUGAUAUGUCCUUCAUAAGACAUUUUGAUCCUUAUGAAGUUCCCAGGGCUCACAUCAAGGCACCAGAAGUAAGAUCUGAUCACAUUAUGGCCUUUCCUGAUAAACCACUCACUGUGGAAGAGUUGCGUGCCUGUGCCCAAAAAGUGAUACAAAUGCAAGAAAAUGAAGAUGUGUUAAUAAGAAAAACCAGUAUCCACGAUCAUGAGCAUAAGAGAAAUCUAGAGAAAAGGAAGAUGGAAGAUUAGAAAAAGCAACAACAUAAUUUGGUCCAAAACUGGUCAAUAAAAGUUAAUACAGUAAA